CGGGCCCCGCCCCACAGCGCGGGAGCGCGCGCGCGCGCGUGCGGGAGGGGGCGGGUGGGGAAGCCGUGGCUGCAAGCUCCCGGAGGCGAGGCUCGCGCGCCCGCCCCCGCCCUGGCCCCAGCGCCCACCCGGUCGGCCCCGGCCCAGCCAUGAUCAAGGCCAUCCUCAUCUUCAACAACCACGGGAAGCCGCGGCUCUCCAAGUUCUACCAGCCCUAUAGUGAAGAUACGCAACAGCAAAUCAUCAGGGAGACUUUCCAUUUGGUGUCUAAGCGAGAUGAGAAUGUUUGUAAUUUCCUAGAAGGAGGAUUAUUAAUUGGAGGAUCUGACAACAAACUGAUUUAUAGACAUUAUGCAACACUAUAUUUUGUCUUCUGUGUGGAUUCCUCAGAAAGUGAGCUUGGCAUUUUAGAUCUAAUUCAAGUAUUUGUGGAAACAUUAGACAAAUGUUUUGAAAAUGUCUGUGAACUGGAUUUAAUAUUCCAUGUAGAUAAGGUUCACAAUAUUCUUGCAGAAAUGGUAAUGGGGGGAAUGGUAUUGGAGACCAACAUGAAUGAGAUUGUUACACAAAUUGAUGCACAAAAUAAACUAGAGAAAUCUGAGACCUUUAUCUUUCAGUCUCCCAGACAGGACAGGUAGACAAGGCUGGCUUAGCAGGAGCUCCAGCCCGUGCUGUAUCAGCUGUAAAGAAUAUGAAUCUUCCUGAGAUCCCAAGAAAUAUUAACAUUGGUGACAUCAGUAUAAAAGUGCCAAACCUGCCCUCUUUUAAAUAAAAUAUUAAAAAGGCCACUCCCAGGUAAAAUCCAGAGGGAAAGUCAUCUAAGUUUACCAUGCAGUUGUUUACCAAAAAUAGAGGAGUCUUAACUUGGCUCUUGGAUUGAAGUCAAGGUACUGUAUAGAAGCUGCAUAAAAUCAGUAUGAAAGUUCAAUGUUGCUUUUCUUGCUCAGUGAUUUUAAAGAAAUUGAAUAGUUCCCGUGUGAUUUUUUUUCUUUUCUCAAUUGCAUUCCUGUGCCCACAUAAAGGCAUGCCUCUAUCUUUAUAUUGGCUAUCACAGUAUUUCGAAAAGUGAGAUGUUUCUUUAAUUAUGUACAACCCAAAAUGUUGAUGUUUUGUAUGGAUCACAAGUGCAGCAUUCUCUAAUUCUUCCUGCUGUUUGUCACAAUUGUUAUUUAAAGAACCAAGUAUGUAUUGCAUGAAAACAUGACCUUUUCCUUAGUUUAAAUAAACUCCAAGGUAACUGGACUUCUAAAGUA